AUGAGCUACGAUCCUUUUCUCUCUUAUCGUGGAUCAAGGGACAUCUCCAUAGGGUCCCGAACCAAGACCCCCUAUUUCACCUCCUCUCCUCGUGUUACCCCAUCUGGAAAGAGGAUACUCAGGCUGAGCUCCUCUCCUCUACCCUCCUCUCUUCAAGAUGGCCCGCGGAUGGAUUUAACUCAAGUAAGCUCCAUGAAUUCGGAGCUGCUGGAGGUAAGGACCCAAGAGCGGGAACAGCUAGUGGGGUUGAAUGACCGCUUCGCCACCUAUAUCGAAAAGGUCAGGUUCCUGGAGCAGCAGAACAAGGCUCUCCUGUCUGAACUGGAGGUGCUGAGGGCACGACAGAGUAACCCGUCCCGUCUCCAGACCAUAUUCGAGGGGGAGGCCCGAAACCUGAGGGCCAUGAUUGAGUCAGAGAAUGGGGAGAAGAUGCGGAUGGAGGCGGACCGGGACUAUCUGCGCGAUGUGUAUGAACAGAUGAAGGAGAGGUUUGAAGAGGAGGCGCGGAGGAGACAGGGGGCAGAGGAGGAGCUGCAGAGGGCCAGAGAGGAGGCCACAAGGGCCCUGCUGUCCAACUGGGACGCCCAGGCCACAGUGGGGUCCCUGUGUGACGAGCUGCUGUUCCUGAAGAAGGUGUACACAGAGGAGCAGGCAGAGCUGCAGUCCCAGCUGCAAGUGGCUAGCAUCAGUGUGGAGGUAGAAGUGUCCCGACCUGACCUCUCCACCGCUCUACGGGACAUCAGGGGACAGUACGAGCGCCUGGCCCACAGGAACAUGCAGGCAGCAGAGGAAUGGUACAAGAACAAGUUUGCGAGUGUAGCGGAAAUGGCGAGUAAGAACAAUGAGGCUGUGCGGGCGAUCAGGGAGGAGACUAUGGAGUACCGGCGCUUGCUGCAGACGCGCUCAUCCGAAAUCGAAGGUCUGAGAAACGUCAUCGAGUCCCUUACCAAACAACUGCAAGAACUAGAGCACACGCAGGCCAAGGAGGUGGCACGGUACCAGAUGAGAAUAUGUCACCUGGAGAGUGACAUCACUGAGGCCAAACAGGAAAUGGCUCGAUACCUGAAAGAUUAUCAAGACCUGCUGAACGUGAAGAUGGCGCUGGACAUUGAAAUCGCAGCGUACAGGAAACUUCUGGAAGGGGAGGAGAUUCGCCUGGCUUAUCCACCUCUCCCUGUUCUCAACUAAACACAAAUCAUCUACCAUCAUGACCCCCCAUCCCCCUUUUCUCUCUCUUUCUCUCUUUCUCUCUACCCCUCUAUUUCUCUCUUUUCUUACAUUCUUACAACAUCAACAACUCAACACCAAGACACCUGCGCCCUUGAGCUAUAGCUACAAGAGGUCCAAUAGAAGUCCCCCUUCUUCUACACACAUUUGACACCAAGAAAGAAAUUGACCUACAAAGAGUGGAUGCCGCACUGCAUUAGUUACAAAACAGCUCUUUGGGACAGAGAUAUUGUUUUGACUGAGUUCCUAAAGUUAAAAUACCCAAGUAUCAAAAGUUAUUUAUCAAAAUCCUCACUGUGCAAACAUUUGACCAACUGUUUGUAAAGAAGGACAAAACUAUUUCUAACUUUUGAUGGUUGGACUUGGAGCUCAUCAAAUCGAUAAACAUUGUCCUGCGUUAUAGUUAUUAUUAAUGAUCAGUGAACCAGUAACCUUAAAAAUUUACUUUCAGAAACUUAAAUUUUAGUGAUGUUUUGGUUUUUCCUCCAUUGCAUUUACAACUGGUCUCUGGUUGAUAUUCCAUAUACUAAUACUGUAGAUUCAGACAUAUUAACCUGGUAUUCAAACUCAUAUUUUCUCUGAUAGUUCUUGUUUGUGUAAUUGCAAUGGAGGUCUUUUGUUACUGGUUUCUUCUUAUAAUGUCCUCUGUUUAAAUUAGUUGCUAAAACAAUGAAACAAUAACUGCAGGAGCUCCUUGUUGUUUGUUAAAUUAAUUCUUAACAUCUGUGAAACUAACACAAACUACUGUGUCAAUGUAAGAGCCAACAACAAGCUGAAUAAAUUUAAGUUACCUGCAAAACAG